AAUAUAUGGUUUCUUCAUAAUCAAUAACCACAGGUGGGUGAAUCAAGCAAAGCUCUCAUAUGUUUUGAGUUGCCGGCACGCGGCAGAGAAAGGGUUAAGAGUCACAUGGUAGCGGGUGGUAUUAUCAGCCCUGGGCUGUAAAAAAAAAAAAAAAGUGUAAGUGGAGGAAAAAAACCUUUAGGAGAACAAAGAAAUCAGAGUCUAUUUAAAGAGACGUAGCCCCGGAUUCUGCAGCCGUGUGACUCCCGGCUUUGCGCACCGCUCCUCCUGCGCCACAUCCAGCCUGCCUGUGCACCAGCACGUCUCCUGACGGGGCGAGGAUGCGGACUUCUCUGGCCGUGUGCUGCUGCGUCUUUGCACUGCAUUGCCUGCAGAGCACACUUUGUCUUCCAGUGCGGGGAUCCAGCAGGUACAAAGCACCGUUGUCUGAAAAGUUCCCUGACCUGAAGAAGAGGGGGAAGCUUUCUCACACUCAGGACUUUGUAAAGGAGACAAGUUUGCAGACCAACACCUCUAACACAUGGAACCGACCACGCUGUGGAGUACCGGACUACCCCGCCCAUAAGGAGGUGCAUUAUCGGGGGCGACAGAGACGCUUCGUCCUGUACGGAGGACGUUUAGAGAAGACAGACCUCACCUACAGGAUAGUUCGGUUUCCCUGGCAGAUAGGCGAGGAGAAGGUUCGACGUGUCUUUCGGGAAGCGCUGAAAAUCUGGAGUGACGUCACCCCGCUCACCUUCACCGAGAUCCACAGUGGGAAGGCCGACAUCCGGAUCGACUUCACAAGGUACUGGCAUGGAGACAACCUUCCCUUCGAUGGCCCGGGUGGGAUUCUCGCUCACGCAUUUUUCCCCAAAACCCACCGACAAGGUGACAUUCACUUUGACUAUGACGAGUCCUGGACCCUCGGAAACCACAUGGGCACAGACCUUCUCCAGGUUGCCGCCCAUGAGUUCGGGCACGUCCUUGGCCUGCAGCACUCUCGCGAGCCUGGGGCCAUCAUGUCGGCAUACUACACCUUCUCCUACCCUCUGAGGCUGAGCGAGGAUGACAAGCGGGGCAUCCAGUACCUGUACGGAGCUCAACCACAAGUCCUGCCCUCACCGCCACCCCCCCCUCCACCUCCAUCCAACCCCGAGACUAACGAGAUCGUCGCUAAUCCCGACGCCUGCCAGACGGACUUUGAUGCCGUGUCUAUGAUCCGAGGGGAGCUGUUCUUCUUCAAGUCGGGCUACGUGUGGCGGAUCAGGGACGGGCAUCUGGAAAGCGGUUACCCAGCGCUAGCGUCCCGUCACUGGAGGGGGAUUCCCAACAACAUUGACGCCGCCUUUGAAGACAAGUCAGGGAAUAUUUGGUUCUUUCAAGGUGAGAAUUACUGGGUGUUCGAUGCCGAGAUGCAGAUCCGAGGGCCGGAGUCCAUCAGGAGUUUGGGUCUGUCGGUGUCUGGGAUCCAGGCGGCGCUGCGUUGGGGCCACGACUCCAACUACAACACCUACUUGUUCAAGUCAGGUAGCUACUGGAGGUUCAGCCCCCGAGAGCAGAGGGUGGAGUCCGUCUACCCGCGCAGCAUGAAGGACUGGAGCGGCAUCCCUGACGACGUGGAUGCCACCUUCAGGGACGUCUACGGCUACGCUCACUUUGUCCGAGGUCGACAGUACUGGAAGUUCGAUCCCGUUGGCAUGAACUCUUUGGAGGGCUAUCCCCGCUACAUCGGCAUGGACUUCUUCGGAUGUAGAAACAUUUGACCUAUGGAGAACAAGAGCCAGAUUUAUGACUAUGAAGAGGAGUUCUUGAAGCAAUGGCAUUUGUGUGCUCAUCCUGCGGUUUCAAGAAGGAUGGCAAUAUAUCCGUUUACACUUUCCUCCAUUUAUUACACCUUCUUCUCAGGAAAACCAAGUAAUGUUUCCUCAGACUUAGCACCUCCUGUGCAGCUAUAGUCGUAUUUAUUUUGCACAUUUUUGUCACCAUACAGCUGAGGUCUGGGCCCUGUAUUAACAACGUGUGAUGCUGCAUCGCUCUCACUUCCUGUCUUUGAGCCUGGAAUGUUCGACUGAUUGUGGUUUUCAGAAACUGUAAAGGAUAUUUUCCAUUACAUCUAUUCUGUUGUGUUACUUCCAUUAGGAGCAAAGUACUGUAGUUUCAAAAACGAUGUAAAGAGAAAAAAAAAAAUCAAUGUGCCAAAACACAUGCAAAUGAAGAAACCUGUUCUUCACCAGCUUAAAGAAACAUGCACAGCAUUCACACACAUUUUGGAUAAACUAAACGCUGCAAAUAAAAGAAAAAUGCAAGAAAUUAGCUCAAAACACAACACAAACAGGGACACUAAAAAGUGAUGCACACAGCUGUGAAGGUGUGCUUGUUGACGUUCGGGGAUUAUGAAGUUGUCCCACUGUCAGUGGAAAAGUACCUAAAAUGUAUGUUGUAUUGGCUUAUUUUGACAAUGUGAUCGCAUGAUUCCUUAUGAUAUGAUUGCAGAUCUGCUGUAAGCUAGCUAGCUAACGUAGCUAACCUAGUCCUUUCAAAUACACUGCCAAAACACUUACGAUUAUGACGCAGACUAAGGCCCUGUUUACAUGGAGACGGUUCGGGUUGUAUCUGCUACUUUUUUCUGUCGUAUUGACGGUUCUUUCACACAAGGCCGUAACGGAACCGCGGAAACGGACCCCUCAAACGAUAACGGGUCCCCGCCUCUCCC